CCCUGGCCGCCCCCGCCCCACAGCCACUUGGAGGGCGAGCUUCCAGGAGGAAGGGGCAAGGGACACUUGGGCUUGAGUCGCCCCUCGCCCGCCUCGGCCCAGGAAGAGCUGCAGAGAUGGAGCCCAGAGGAGGAAGAGGAGGAGGAGGAAGAAGAGCCCUUUGCUGCCUCUGGGCGACCCUCCUCCUCGCCCCGCCAAGGGGGGCCGGAGCCCUGAAAGUGGAGGACACCCUGGUGGAGCUGGACUUCUUCCAGGAGAGCUUCCCUUCGGAGAAGAAGUCCGGGGAGUUCCUGCUGGAGUUUGACAACGAGGAGAUCCUGCACGUGGACUGGGAGAAGAAGCAGAACGUCUGGAGGCUGCCGGACUUCCAGCGCUUCACCAGCUUCGAGGUGCAGGGCGCCCUGGCCAACAUCGCCGUCAUGAAGAACAACAUGGAGGUGCUCAUGAAGCGAAGCAACCGCACCCGUGCCCUGAACGUUGCUCCUUCGGCCACUGUGUACCCAGAAAACGCCGUGGAACUGGGGGACCCCAACGUCCUCAUCUGCUUUGUGGACAGGUUCUCCCCCCCAGUGCUGAACGUCACCUGGCUGAAGAACAACGAGGUGGUCUCCAAGGGCGUGGAGGAGACAGACUUCUACCCCAGCGUGGACAACACUUUCCGCAAGUUCUCCUACCUCCCCUUCGUCCCUCAGCAGGGAGACAUCUACGUCUGCCAGGUGGAGCACUGGGGCAUCCCAGAGGGAAAGAUGGAGAAGAUCUGGGUUUCCAAGGCGCCCUCUCCCAUCCCGGAGACGAUGGAGAACGUGCUGUGUGCCCUGGGCUUGGCCUUUGGCAUCCUGGGCAUCAUCGCUGGCACCAUCCUUUUCUUCAAGGCCAUGAGGAUGAACGAUCGCAGGGGCUUCAUAUAAUGGAGGAUUCCUUUCUUGACAGCCUCUUCCUUCAACCCUCUCAGCUCAUCUCCUUUGCCAAGAGUCUCUUCUGCUACAAAUCAGCUGGAAGGAGUUGCUUCCUCCGUGUGCAGAUUAUCCUCAGAAGCUUUUUGGAUAAUAUGUUUAACUUUCAAGAACAAUUAUGAUAGCCAAAGAUGCUUAGGCAGACUUACAUUACUUUUCUCCCUUUUAUGUUUCCCUCUUAGCAAAGAAAUUGCUCUGACUGUUUAAGUAAAUAGGAAAAGUAUAUGGUUUACUCACAUUAAAUGUCUUGCCAUGGUGCAACA